CACAAACCUCGCCCUUAUAUUGAACAUCAGCAACACAAGCUGCGCGCCAAUUGGAAACUCACAGAAAUUUUUGCCAAAAACCAAAAUAUAACAAAAGCAUUCAAAUAUGCACACAAUACAAGUAAAGGGAAGAUUUCUAUUGGGUGAUACUUGGUGCUCACUGCGAAACGACAUCGUGAGUCGAAGUUAAUCGCAGAGACCAAAUGAGCAACCUACCGAAUCGAUUAGUGGAAAGAGAAUUGAAGAACGGCUCCACAUUGAAAGGCUCUUCUUUGUCCAGUUUAGGAAUCUCCGAUUCCAAGAAUGAUUUUCCAGAUAAUACAAGACUUCAGGUCGUACUGCCGCCGCCGCUAUCCAUGGCGGCCACUGAUCGGCAGAGUUUAGUUCUUCGGUUUUUUUUGAGAGGGAAGUUUUUCUCUUUACCGGGAGUGAGGAACCGAUGCAAGUUAUAGGCACAGCGAUGCUUUAUUUAUUUAUUUUUUUUUUCUCACAGGCGGUUUUAUAGCCGUAGAUUUUAAGUAUGGGACCCAUCAUACGCAUCGUUCGAUUGAGAUGGCUUAACUUGUACAAUUUUUUGUUACUUUAUAGCAGUGAGCAUUUUGAACUUUCCGGAGGCAGGAGCAGAGAGCGCGCCGCUUGCUCGAGUGGCCAUGGAGGAGUUGCAGAGCGCUCUUCAAGAUUGGGGUUUAGCUGUUUCAAAUGUUCCAGAGAAAGGACGGUGUCUUGUCACCAUAAAGGAUCUCUACCCAGGAGAAGUAAUUAUAAGCCAAGAACCUUACAUCUGUGUACCAAACAACUCAGCAACUGAGUCGCGGUGCGAUGGAUGUUUCGCUUCAGGAAACCUCAAGAAGUGCUCAGCUUGUCAAGUUGUGUGGUACUGUGGGAGCACAUGCCAGAAGUCUGAGUGGAAGUUGCAUCGUCUUGAGUGUGAUGCUCUCUCCAAGCUCGACAAGGACAGGCGGAAGUCUGUUACACCUUCUAUACGUUUGAUGGUGAAACUCUACCUUUGGAGAAAAUUGCAAAGUGAGAAGACUAUCUCGGCCACUGCUACAGACAAUUAUAAUUUGGUGGAGGAGUUGGUGGCUCACAUGAAAGACAUUGAUGAGGAGCAACUGGUACUAUAUGCAAAGAUGGCCAACCUUGUGAACUUGAUUCUUCAGUGGCCUGAUAUCAACAUAAAAGAGAUUGCAGAGAACUUUUCCAAGCUUGCGUGCAAUGCCCAUACCAUUUGUGAUAGUGAACUGAGACCCCUGGGCACAGGACUGUAUCCUGUCGUUUCCAUUAUUAACCACAGCUGCUUACCCAAUGCUGUUUUGGUAUUUGAGGGAAGGCUGGCUGUGGUACGUGCUGUACAACAUAUACCAAGAGGUGCUGAGGUGAUGAUAAGUUACAUAGAGACUGCUGGAAGUACAAUGACACGGCAAAAAUCUCUCAAACAACAGUAUUUUUUUACUUGCACGUGUCCCUGCUGCAUUAAAGUGGGUCAGCAAGAUGAUAUUCGAGAAAGUGCAAUUCUGGAAGGUUACAGAUGCAAAUAUGAUAGAUGCAAUGGUUUCUUGCUUCGUGAUUCUGAUGACAAAGGCUUUGUGUGCCAACAGUGUGGCCUCCUUAGAAGCAAGGAAGAGGUGAAAAAGAUAGCAGCUGAAAUACGAGCAACUUCAGACAAGGCUUCCAAGUCUCUGUCCUCCGGCAAUCUGCAGGAAGCCAUUUCUAUGCAUAAGAUGAUUGAGAAACUUCAACAGAAAUUGUUCCAUCCCUUUUCAAUUAGCUUGAUGCAAACUCGAGAUAAGCUGCUAAAGAUGUUGAUGGAACUGAAAGACUGGAGAGAUGCUCUGUCGUAUUGCAAAUUGACCAUUCCUGUGUAUCAAAGAGUAUAUCCAGAAUUUCAUCCUCUGCUUGGAUUGCAAUAUUAUACUAGUGGAAAACUCGAGUGGUUGCUUGGGAAAACGGAGGAUGCAAUCAAAUCGCUGACUAAAGCAGUGCACAUACUUCGAAUAACUCAUGGAACAAAUACGCUCUUCGUGAAAGAGCUGAUAAUGAAGUUGGAGGAAGCGCGUGCUGAAGCUUCUUACAAACUUUCAUCUAAAGAUGAUGAGUAGCGAGGUCUGUCAUAUUUGGUAUUGUUAGUGCUAACAUUAGUAUCGCUGCAAGGCAAUGGCCCUGAAAAAGGAGACCAUUCUAGGGUUUGAUAUGCCUAGCUAGAUGUCUCAGCAAACGUCAAGCUGGAUUAAAAGGACAUAUUCUUAAGGCUGUUUCUGCUUAAGCCUUGGCAACCCAUCCACAUUUCUUUGAUGACUAUAUAUAUAUAUAUUGGCUGCAAAGUUGAUGAUUUGGUGUUUUGUUAAAUCAGGAUUUUAUUGUACGCUAACAAUUCAUGAAUGUCAGACUUUCAACACUAA